GUCUAUAUAAUAAAGCAGUUUGUUUGUCCACAAAUAUUCGCUUAUUCGGUCCAACGGGGGAGACUGAUCAGCGAAAGAGGAGCUUAAAAGUGGGAGUGAAUCGUUGUUAGUGAAGGAAUAAUAUAAGAAUUCGCAGCGCCCAACAAAAGUAUGUCUGCCACUUUAACACCAGAGAUUGCUACCCCUAGUGGAGUAGCCAGUGCGACCAGUGUGUUUUAUUAUCUAUUAUUGCCAACUUUGGUCCUAUGGUAUGCCUAUUGGAAACUAUCCAGGAGACACAUGGAGGAGUUGGCUGAAAAACUUCCUGGACCCAAAGGUCUUCCGUUACUUGGAAAUGCAUUGGAAUUUGCCGGCUCAUCUAGUGACAUCUUCAAGAAUAUAUAUCAAAAAUCAUUUGAAUAUGGAAGAAUAGUUCGCUUGUGGGUUGGCCCAAAACUUAUUGUAUUCCUUACGGACCCUCAGGAUGUUGAAAUAAUUUUAAGCAGUCAUGUGCACAUCGACAAGUCAUCCGAAUACCGUUUCUUCAAACCAUGGCUGGGAAAUGGUCUCCUUAUUUCCACAGGAUCGAAAUGGAGGGCACACAGGAAACUAAUCGCUCCAACAUUCCAUCUUAACGUACUUAAAUCUUUUAUCGAUCUCUUUAAUGCCAAUAGCAGAGAUGUUGUGAAUAAACUGAGGAAGGAAGUAGGAAAGGAAUUCGACUGCCACGAUUACAUGUCUGAAGCCACCGUUGAAAUCUUGUUGGAAACUGCGAUGGGAGUUAGCAAAAAUACACAAGACCAAAGUGGUUAUGAUUACGCGAUGGCAGUAAUGAAAAUGUGCGACAUUCUACACUUGAGACACACCAAAGUGUGGCUGAGACCGGACAUUAUCUUCAAUCUCACAAAGUACGGUUCAUAUCAACAAAAAUUAAUUGACACCAUCCACAGCUUAACACGUAAAGUUAUAAAAAAGAAGAAGGCUGAUUUUGCUCAAGGAAUUACUGGGUCCACUGCUGUCGUACCUGAAGACAUCCGUGCUAAGGUUACUGAAAAGGUCGAGAACAAAACUACGGUUGAAGGUAUGUCAUAUGGUCAGUCAGCUGGGCUGAAGGACGACCUGGACGUUGAGGAUAACGAUAUUGGCGAAAAGAAAAGAAUGGCAUUUUUGGAUCUCAUGAUUGAGGCAUCACAAAACGGUGUUGUUAUCAACGAUGAAGAAAUUAAGGAACAAGUAGACACCAUUAUGUUUGAAGGUCACGACACCACUGCCGCUGGAAGCAGUUUCUUCUUAGCCUUAAUGGGAGUACAUCAGAAUAUCCAAGACAAAGUUGUCCAAGAAUUGGAUGAAAUAUUCGGCGAUUCUGAUAGACCUGCUACAUUCGCCGAUACUUUAGAGAUGAAGUACUUAGAACGUUGUCUCAUGGAGACAUUGAGAUUAUUCCCUCCUGUGCCUAUAAUUGCCAGACAAAUAAAUCAAGAUUUGAAAAUGGCUUCUGGUAAUUACGUGAUUCCUGCUGGAGCUACUGUGGUAAUUGGUACAUUCAAAGUUCACCGUCACGAGGACACUUAUCCAAAUCCUGACAAAUUUGAUCCUGACAACUUUUUACCAGAGAAAUCUGCUAACAGACACUAUUACUCAUUCAUUCCAUUUAGUGCUGGACCAAGAAGCUGUGUUGGUCGUAAAUAUGCAAUGUUAAAGUUGAAGGUGCUUCUUUCUACUAUUUUAAGGAACUAUCGAAUUAUAUCUGAUGUCAAACAAGAAGAUUUUCAACUUCAAGGUGACAUUAUUUUGAAACGUGCUGAUGGAUUUAAAAUUAAAGUAGAACCAAGAAAACGAAAUGUCAAAGCUACUAAUUAACUUUUUCGAUUUAACUUGACGAUUUCAUAUUCAUAUUUCUUUGUUAUUUAUAUUUAUUUUUAAGGCUUAGGAUUGUUAAAUAUUUUUAGGUAGUAAAAAUAAACAUUUAGAAUAAA